AUGAGUGUAACAUGGAAUGGUAUAUUUUUAAUUUUCGCAUCUAUCAUCACAUUAAAAGCGCAUGAGCCAUUGGAUACAUUACUGAAAGUUGAUGUCACAUGUAUAUCAGACCAAGCAUAUAAAUCGAUAACAAUGUUUGUAAACCGAUUAAAUGGAAAAACGAUUGGAUUUCGGAUGUAUGAAAUGUUUACAUUGGAUGCAUCAGCUAUAUUAAUGCUAAUUGGUACAUUGGUAACAUAUGCUGUUGUUAUGUUGCAGUUUACAAGUGUUCCUACAACACAACAAAAUCUUAUGUUAAAUCAAACUAAUUGUACAUGUUGUUAA